AUGAAAAUCAUCGCUGCUUGUAAUUGCCUUUUCGAUGUAAUUAUCUUCAUCUUGUUUCUAACAUUACUGCCACAAUCCUUUUCGAGAACUGAAGCAGUCGAGCCGAUACUCACACGGUUAGAUUCUAAACGAUCCUCUCCAUCUGUUCAAGAAUCAGCCGCUAAAGCCGUUUUGGGAAGAUUGCUCCCUACCCAUUUUCACAGUUUUCACUUUGAGAUUGUCCCCAAGGACGUUUGUGGUGGACAAAGUUGCUUUCUGAUAGAAAAUUACAAUCGGACUAGCCAAGAUGGACCAGAGAUAAUAAUUAAAGGUACCACAGCAGUUGAAAUUGCAUCUGGCCUCCACUGGUAUAUUAAAUAUUUCUGUGGUGCUCAUGUAUCUUGGGACAAGACUGGUGGUGUGCAGAUAGCGUCUGUUCCCAAGCCAGGUUCAUUGCCCCUUGUAAAAGAUGGGGGUGUGCUGAUUCAACGGCCAGUACCAUGGAACUAUUACCAAAAUGUUGUUACUUCUAGUUAUUCAUAUGUGUGGUGGGAUUGGCAAAGGUGGGAGAAAGAGAUAGACUGGAUGGCUCUUCAAGGAAUUAACCUACCUUUGGCAUUUACAGGCCAAGAAGCCAUUUGGCAAAAAGUUUUCAUGGGUUUUAAUAUUAGCAUGGAAGAUUUGAAUAACUUCUUUGGUGGACCUGCUUUCCUUGCUUGGGCUCGCAUGGGAAAUUUACAUGGGUGGGGUGGGCCUUUAUCAAAAUACUGGUUGAAACAGCAAUUAGUUUUACAAAAAAAGAUACUAUCUCGAAUGUUAGAGCUAGGCAUGACUCCAGUGCUUCCGUCGUUCUCUGGGAAUGUUCCAGCAGCUUUGAAGACCAUAUUUCCUUCAGCAAAUAUAACUAGACUAGGGGACUGGAAUACUGUAAAUGGUGAUCCCCGUUGGUGCUGCACUUAUCUCCUGAAUCCUUCUGAUCCUUUAUUUGUCAAGAUUGGAGAGGCUUUUAUUAGGCAGCAAAUUGAAGAAUAUGGGGAUGUGACGGAUAUUUACAACUGUGACACGUUCAAUGAAAAUUCACCACCUACAAAUGACCCAACAUAUAUCUCUUCACUUGGCGCUGCUGUGUAUAAAGCAAUGUCCAAUGGUGACAAGGAUGCUGUGUGGUUGAUGCAAGGUUGGCUUUUCUACUCAGACUCAACUUUCUGGAAGCCACCCCAAAUGAAGGCACUUUUGCAUUCUGUUCCACAAGGGAAAAUGAUAGUUCUUGAUUUAUUUGCUGAUGUCAAACCAAUAUGGGCAGCUUCCUCUCAAUUUUAUGGCACCCCUUAUGUCUGGUGUCUAUUGCAUAAUUUUGGAGGAAAUAUUGAAAUGUACGGUACAUUGGACGCAAUUUCUUCAGGUCCAGUUGAUGCUCGCAUCAGUGAAAAUUCAACCAUGGUUGGUGUUGGCAUGUGCAUGGAAGGCAUAGAGCAAAAUCCAGUUGUUUAUGAGUUAAUGUCUGAAAUGGCAUUUCGAAAGGAAAAAGUUCAAGUUCUGGAAUGGCUGAAGACCUACACUCAUAGACGUUAUGGUAAAUCAAUUCAACAAAUUGAAGAAGCUUGGGAAAUAUUGUAUCACAGUGUUUACAAUUGUACAGACGGAAUUGCUGACCAUAACACAGAUUUUAUAGUCAAAUUUCCAGAUUGGGAUCCAUCAACAAAUUCUGGAUCUCAAACAUCAAAGCUAGACAAUAUGCAUAAGCUCCGCACAAUAACUGAAAACAGAAGAUUUUCAUUGCAAGAAACUAGCUCUGAUCUGCCUCAAGCACAUUUGUGGUAUUCUACUCAUGAGGUUGUCAAUGCUUUAAAACUCUUCCUUGCGGCUGGAAAUGAUUUAGCUGGGAGCCUCACAUAUAGAUAUGACGUAGUUGACUUAACACGUCAAGUGCUGUCGAAGCUAGCGAACCAAGUCUAUUUGGAUGCAGUGAAUGCUUUCCGAAGGAAGGAUGUCAAAGCUUUGAAUGUUCACAGUCAGAAGUUUCUUCAACUAAUAAAGGAUAUCGAUAUUCUUCUUGCUUCUGAUGACAAUUUUCUGCUUGGAACAUGGCUCGAAAGUGCAAAAACGUUGGCAGAAAAUCCAAGUGAGAUGCAACAGUAUGAAUGGAAUGCUAGAACGCAAGUGACGAUGUGGUUCGAUACCACAACAACGAAUCAGAGCAAGCUUCAUGAUUAUGCGAACAAGUUUUGGAGUGGACUGCUGGAAGGGUACUAUCUUCCACGAGCUUCGAGCUACUUUAGUUAUCUGUCAAGAAGCUUGAAGGAGGAUGAGAGUUUCAAGUUGGUGGAAUGGAGGAAAGAAUGGGUAGCAUUCUCAAAUAAAUGGCAAGAAGGUGUAGAACUGUAUCCGUUGAAGGCCAAAGGAGAUUUCCUUGCUAUCGCCAAAGCCUUGUUUGAAAAAUAUUUCAAUUAAGAUUAGUCGCAAGAUUAACAAUUCAAAAACAAGAUUAAGAAAGCAGAAGAGUUCUUUCUUAUAUUAACAUUUUAAGUACAAUUAGAAUCUGAAGUGUGAUUUCUUUUU